AGGACGAUGCAUGCCGCGCAAUAGCCGCAAUAGCCGCUCUAGCGUGACGAAAUAAUAAACAACGGUGAUCUUUGGUGAAUAUAGUGAGAAAAAGAUGUCUGUUGUAACGAUUUUGAGGUUAUUUCGUCCAGCUUCCGUAAGUCGUAACUUAGCUGCAGUUAAUUCGGCAAGUAUUCUACAUAAAAAAUACGUUAACAGACAAAUUAAAACAGAUUUGUAUUCAUCAUAUUUCCGUGGAUUUUCUGCAAGCCCACGUCUGGGACAACAAACGUUAUCUAGGAAUCCUCCUAGGCCUAUCGGUUCCGCGGUAAGGAUUGCUAGCAGUACUUUAACCAAGGAUGGCCAGUUCGUUAAUGUACAGUGGGAUAAUAGUGUCGAGGCUACAUAUCCAUAUUGUUGGAUCAGAGAUAAUUGUCCAUGCAGCGAUUGUUUUCACAUCAAUGAAAAUAUUUCAGAACGGCUGAUUCCAAUUAGUCAACAGAAUAUUGACAACAGGGCAUCAGAAAUUCAUGUUGAUGAAGAUGGUCAGUUUAUUCGUGUAACUGGAACAGAUGGUCACCCUAGCACACUCGAAGCCUCUUGGCUUUUUGAUCGCCAGCUUUGUAAAAAGGACAGUUGUGCCAGUGAUGUGGUUAAACCUAUCCUGUGGGAUACCGCAGACAUUCAAAAAGUAUACCCAACAUUUCAAUAUAAUGACAUAAUUAGUGACAACGAUGGAUUGCGAGCCUGGUUAGAUGCACUAAAACGCUACGGAGUUGCCCUGUUGCAAAAUUCACCUACUCAAGAAAAUGAGCUGCUUAAUCUUGGCAAGAGGGUUUCGUUUUUGAGAGAAGCUAUGUGGGGCUUGAUUUCUUCGAUCAAAGCAAAACCAGAUUCCUAUGUCCUUGCUUACUCAAGCGGAACAAUCCUGCUUCAUGCAGAUAUGGCAUAUAUGACUCUUCAGCCAGGGGUGCUUUUGUUGCAUUGUUUAUCAAACCCCGCUGGCACUGGUGGUGAAAAUAUGCUUGUAGAUGGCUUCAAUGCAGCUAGAAUCUUAAAAGAGACAGAUGCGGAGGCCUACAGGAUCCUGACGACAGUUAAAGUGGAGCAUGGCAUUACUGGCAUAGAACACGGCUCAUACUUUCAUUAUCAUCUUAGCAAGCCAACAAUAAGCUUGGAUGAUGAUGGUAACCCAGUAUGUAUAAGCUACCAUGAGCAUCUACGAACCAGUAAAGUCAGUGCGUCUACUGUGGAGGAAGUUGCAGAGUUCUACCGAGCUCUGAAAAAAUUCUCUGAUAUUCUAUAUGACCCUGUCAACAUGUACAAACGCAGACUUCUUGAAGGUGAAAUUUUGGCUGUCAGCAACAUUCGUCUUCUUCAUGGACGUGAAAGUUUCACAUUUACAGAAGACAAGGCACGACACAUCGAGUCGGCCUACUUAGAUUGGAAUGAAAUUGAUUCUAGACUACGUGUUCUUAAAAAGGGACUAAUUUAAUAGUACAGUAUGUCAUUAAAUAUUAAUGCAGUAGUUUGAUUUUAUAUGGCAAGAUUUUUUAUUUCUAGUUUCGCAAACCAAAAUUGAUUGAAGGUUACGUGUUUUUAGGAAGGGAAAGUAAUCAGAUGGUACUACAGUACUUGGAUAAUAUAUCAUUAAAAUUUAAUAGUUGAUUUUAAAUUAUUAAUGAUAUUGAUUAUAAGGCCAGAUAUAUUUAAUACUGUACCUUGUUGUUUUUGUUUUGUUUCUUGUCAUCAAUUAAAAAUGGAAUGGAAUUAUAUUUAUAUUUUAUUACUGUAUAUUGUAGUGCACCACGAGAAAAUAGAAAUUUCAGGAAAAAUGUUUAAAUUUAUUUUUAUUUCUCCCUCUGCCGCUUUUACAUCACAUUCUUCAUGACUAUGUAAUAGGAUUUUGAGCAAUGGCAUCAGUCACAGGUGCCCACUAUUACUUCUUACUUUAGACACUUGCAGUUUUUUUAUUCACCAAUAUACCAUGGAAAUAAUAUGCAUUAUAUAUUUUUCUGAAAUAGACAUGAACUUAUUUCUUAUGGAUGAUAAAUUUAUUUCUGAUUGAUUGAUGAUAUUUUCAAAAUGUAUAGAACUUUAUUUUGUAUAAUUUUGACUUAAUGUCAUGUUUGCUUGUUUCUGACCAGUAGUAUAUAAACCGGUAGUAGCAUAAGCAUUACUAUAUCAUGAUGACCUGUGACACGUUCAAACAUGUCGAUUAAAAGCUUAUAUAUAAUUUGUGAUUUGAAAAUCUGUAUAUAACAAUUAAAAACAUUGAUUAGCUAAUAUCAUGUGAACAUAUUGGAUAUUAAUCUUCCCAUGAAACCAUCAUCCUCAUUUUCAAUUGAAAUCUAAUCAUUUAGGCUACUUAAACUAUAGUAUUUCUUUAAUCUUCUAAAAUAACUUUGCAAUAAAAAUAAUAUACAAGAAAAUACAAAAAUAAAACCAACCUAUGAAAUGAA